UUAUCGAUCUCUUCCUCGCUCGAAAACCUCUCAAAUCCUAGAAACCUAGAGAGCGCUCGCUCUCUGACGAGCGAAGUCGCCAUGCUCUCCUCCCUCCGCUCAAUCCGCAAACUCUCCUCUUCGAUUCGCCCUCUCCUUCACAAUCAUCAUCCACUUUCUCUCUCCUCCAACAAUCCCCUCCUCCGUAAAUCUCUUCCCAUUCUCCAGACCCACCAACAUUUUCCCCUCUUCUCCUCUUCCUCCUCCUCCUCCUCUAUCACACCAUCAUCAUCCAUCAAUGGAGACGAUGCCAGCACUGCCGCUAACUCAGCCGCCGCCGUUCCAAUUCUACAAGAGGACAGCGAGCGGCCCAUUGUUAGUUCCAGGCAUACCGACGCCUAUGCCGCCAUUGAGCUCGCUUUGGAUUCUGUUGUCAAGAUCUUUACCGUCUCCAGCAGCCCCAACUACUUCCUCCCUUGGCAGAACAAAUCUCAGAGGGACAGCAUGGGUUCUGGUUUUGUGCUUAGUGGAAGGCGGAUUUUAACAAAUGCUCACGUUGUUGCUGAUCAUACCUUUGUUCUUGUUAGAAAGCAUGGCUCGCCUACCAAGUACAGAGCACAGGUUCAAGCUGUUGGGCACGAAUGUGACUUAGCUCUUCUUACGGUUGAAAAUGAAGAAUUUUGGGAAGGGAUGACCUUUUUGGAGCUUGGUGAUAUUCCAUUCUUACAGGAAGCUGUUGCUGUUGUUGGGUACCCUCAAGGUGGGGACAAUAUUUCAGUUACUACUGGCGUAGUCUCCCGGGUUGAGCCAACUCAGUAUGUUCAUGGUGCUAGCCAGUUAAUGGCAAUUCAGAUAGAUGCUGCUAUCAAUCCUGGGAACAGUGGAGGGCCUGCAAUCAUGGGUGACAAGGUAGCUGGAGUAGCAUUUCAGAACUUAUCAGGUGCGGAAAAUAUUGGAUAUAUUAUACCAGUGCCAGUAAUAAAACAUUUUAUUUCUGGAGUUGAAGAGAAGGGAAAGUAUGUUGGUUUCUGUUCUCUUGGUUUGUCAUGCCAGGCUACUGAAAAUGUUCAAUUGAGAGAACACUUUGGAAUGCAUCCAGACAUGACUGGUGUUCUUGUAACCAAAAUCAACCCUCUUUCAGAUGCUCACAAGGUGCUGAGAAAAGAUGACAUUGUUCUUGGAACAGUUCCUUUCCGAAACAGAGAGAGGAUAACAUUUGAUCAUUUGGUAUCUAUGAAAAAACCCGGAGAAACAGCUCUCGUCAGAGUAUUGAGAGAUGGUGUAGAGCAUGAAUUUCAAAUCACUCUUCAGCCAUUACAACCUUUGGUUCCAGUUCAUCAAUUUGACAAAGUACCAAGCUACUAUAUCUUUGCUGGUCUUGUUUUUAUUCCCCUGACUCAGCCCUACCUUCAUGAGUAUGGAGAAGAUUGGUAUAACACUUGCCCUCGUCGACUGUGUGAAAAGGCAUUGCGGGAGUUACCGCAAAAAGCUGGGCAACAGAUUGUUAUUCUUUCUCAGGUCUUGAUGGAUGAUAUCAAUGCGGGAUAUGAGAGAUUAUCCGAGUUACAGGUGAAGAAAGUGAACGGCAUGGAGGUUGCAAAUCUAAAACAUUUGUGUGAGCUGGUGGAAGGUUGUAGAGAAGAAUGCCUACGAUUUGAUCUGGACGAUGAAAGAGUAGUGGUUUUAAAUUAUGAAAAGGCCAGAAUAGCCACCUCACGAAUUCUGAAGCGGCACAGGAUACCAUGUGCAGUGUCCACCGAUCUUCUGGGAGAAGAAGAAACAGACAGAGAGAUGAAGGCGGCAUGCUCCAAUUGACUGUAGAAGCUUUGUUUUUCUAUUGUCUUUGUUGUGUUAGAUUGAUUGAUAGGUGUAGUCUACUAAUCUUGUCUCAUUUACCAACGAUAAAAAUUUUUUCUCCCCACGUGUGAUGACGAUCUAAGCAUCACUUAGUUCUAUUUGUCCUUGUCUCCGUUGAAAUUUGAUAUGAACAAUUAUUCACUGUAUAUUUAUGACAAGUUUCAAUA